ACUACGGAUCGCAUUAAGCUACUCGAGUAGUCGCAAUGGAGGUCAGCUCUAGUCCAACGUUCGAACUGUGCUCGGUGUCCGUCAACAUCGCAAAACGCGCUCGAGAGGACGCCGAUUUAGGAAAGUGCGAUGGAACCGACUUGGGUUGCCGUACGCUCGACUGAACGAAAACUACAAUGCAAGCAGCAACAAGACCUUCCCUAUGAGCUUGAACAGAAGCGAACAUUUCCCAAACGGCCGGUGACGGAUGUCUUUGUCGCCAUCCUUGCUAUGACCUGCACUGGUGGACUUCUAUUCAUCUUACUUGUCGCCCUCACAGAACUAGAGAAUCUACUGUGCGUCUCAUAGUACUCACGUCUGAUGUUCCAUCAUCUGUCGGCGAUGGAGCGCUAACGGCGGCUUUCAAGGCAUCGGCUACAGAUGCCCAUAACAGCUGCCGUACUGCCAGCUACAAUAGGCCAUCUGGUUGUAGUCGCUUCCGUCAUGGUUUGGAUCAUCUGCCCACCGAGUCAUCUAUGGCCUGAGGGUACCACUACACGCCGCGAUCUCGAUGCGAUAGCAGCCGGUGAUGUACUAAAGCACCCUUCCAUGAUGGAGCACAGCAGUAGCCGCGAGGUCACAACCGACGAAGAGUCCAUUCCGGCGCCUUCCGCCAAUGGCACAACAGUCCUGUCACGAGUCGUGCUACUUCUUCUUGUAACCAUAACAGGUGUGGCCUUGCGCUUCAUCUUUGACGGGCUCAUCCAGCGAAUAUCCGGCUGGCGCCCAGUCUAAGGCUCAGCUUCCGCAUCUGGUACUCGAAUUUUUCGCGGACCGAUGACACGUCAUUUGUAGCCUCCAUACCCGGGAGUUAUGGACUUCUGCAGUGAUCGACGGUGUUGGACCGGAAGGUGACCUUUCGGGCAGAGCACUCGAAAGAGCACGACAACGUCAAGCAUCUAGCAAACAUGUGUUUCGCACUAUGGAGUAUCAGCUAGAGCGGAAGCAUGCUAUCAGACUGGGCGUGAAAAGUAAGGUUGAUCUUCUCAUGCCAUUCUCGUCUCUGACUGCCCAGAACUCUUCAGACCUCACCAUGCAGCCAUCCGUUAGCGCCCGAGCUCCCGUCUGUUUGGCGCACUACUGCCGCGCCUUUAGCAGCAGCGUCUUGGCGAAUGGCGCGAAGGAUUGAUCAUCAGGCUUCAACAUAGAACAACCAAC